AUGCAACGCCACCUCUACGACGGCAUGUUCCAGCCGGAAGCUGGCAGAACCAUCUGCAACGGCACCCCUCUGCAGCAGCUGGACCACUUCAAGCAAACCAGAGACAGGCGAGAAGUGCGAGCGGCGCUGGGUUACACUGACGAGGACUUCCUGGUGCUGCACCUGGGUACCGUCUGCAGCAGAAAAGGGCAAAUGUUCUCGGCAACCGCAUGCUCCAGACUCAUCAAGGACGAUGGGUGCACGAAUCUAAAGCAACUCAUCGUUGGAGCUCGGUACAUCAGGGAUCAUGAGAUUCGGUACAUUGAGCAGAUCUUUCAGGUGGCGGCCGCCCAUGGCGUCUCUUGCAGGCGUUGGGAGGACCUGACGGAAGAGGAGCGUGGACGGCCUCAGAUCACCGUCAUGGACAUUCAAGCAGCCGUGUUGCAAUUCUACAUGGCGGCAGACGUCGUUUUGGUCCCAUCCCUGAACGAGGUCUUGACACUGGUCAUCUGUGAAGCCAUGGCCUUCGAACGACCCGUCGUAUGCAGCCGAAUUGAUGCAAUCCCAGAGGCUGUGACCGAUGGAGUUGAAGGCUACUUGGUGCCCCCCGGAAGCCCUGAUGCCAUCCGAGCAGAAGCUGUACAGAGACACGGCCAUUUGCCGGAGGAUGGGUGCAGCGGGCAGGCCUCGUGUUUUGAAGCAAUUCAUCUACAGCCGAAUGGGUGA